AUGCGCAGAAACCCUCCUUCGAUGCAGACCGCCGUCGCACAGCACCUCGCAGAAGAAGGUGCGCAGGAUGUCGACCACUUCCUCCCGGAUCAGCUGCACGCGCUCCGACUCGGCCUGUGGGGGCGAGAGAGGGGAUGUGUGGGGGAGGGACCAAGAGCGCCCAGCCAGGCAAAGAUUGUGAGAGAUGGAGAGGGUGUCUUGAACACGAGGUCAACCACACCUCCAAGGAAUCUCCAGCCUAGCUGGCCCAGAGACCACCACCACCGUAGGACUUCACCAACAUGA